GGAUACGAGCCAUUUCUCAUCUAACUGCGUUGGCUGAGCCGCUUGGGUUUAGGUUUUAAGCUGUAAGAACGAGGGGGGGUUGGAGCGAUGAAGAGAGCAAGGAUCCCAUGACGCUCCACAAUGACAUCACCAGGUCUGAAAGAGGCGCAAGAGGCGGAUGGGAGGCACCCCCACUUAUUAAAUUUCGUCGGAAGGUCCAGCUCGCAAGAGAAGAUGCUGCUGCGCCUCGGCGAGGAAGUCGGGUGAUGUGCGCCAGUGGAGCGGCUGAUUCAAGGCUUCUUCCCGAACUUUUGCCGCACCAAGAAAAAAGAAAAAGAAAAAACAACUCCUGACAACAACAGACCCUAAAAGAGGAGAUAAUUUUAUUAUGUGAAGAGACGUCUUAGGAACACAUCUGGCUCCAUGCGCCAGGUUGGAGAGCCCGAUGUUUACUUUGCCUCAUUUUUUAUUCUUUUUGCUCGACCGACUGGAAACACUGGGGCUGACGAAGCCCAUCCAUUGAAGUUAAGAACAAUUAUAAUUGACUCAUCUUUAAAAUUAACUUUUUUCACUUUAAUAUUAUUUGUUUGAUAAGUGCGCGUCUCUGAAGGAGGGCGCACGGACAUGUGUCCAAAUUUACCCUGAUCAAAAUUCUUAAAUUAUUGUUAGUAACAAAACGGAAUUAUGGUUUUUACACGUAAUCGGAGCACAAAUUAAUCAUCAAAGACAAACCCAGCUGACAAAAGAAGUGUCAGUCGUUUUUCUGUUAUUUUAUAACUCCGUAAGGGCUGGUGCACCACAUCAGAAAAAUACUUAUUUACUUGUUUCUAUCCAAGGGAAAGAUUUGUCUUUUUUGGAGAAAAUUAGUUCCAAGAACUGAUCAGAAAACGCUUUCCGCGUCUGACGCAUUGAACUGGGCUGUUUUUGUGCUUGAAAUGGACUUGGAGGAAAUGUUGCGGAGGAUGCAAAAGAUUUAUUUGAAGGCACAGAGAGAGAUCUUGAAGAACUGAGAUUUAGAGAGAUAAUCCAGAUAUGGCUUCAGCAGUGGAAGGCGGUUGCUCAAUGCAGCUCACCGGCUGGAACAGCAGUGCGAGCAGCUCCGGAGGAUCCGCACCCUGCAACCAGAGCGUCCGAUCCCUCGCCCCUUACUCCCCCGAAGCCACGGCGGCCUUCGCCACCGCCAUAACGCUAAUGGUUGUCUUCACCAUAUUCGGAAACAUCAUGGUCAUCAUCGCCGUGUUGACCAGCAGAGCUCUACGAGGUCCACAGAACCUGUUUCUGGUGUCUCUGGCUGCUGCAGACAUCUUAGUGGCCACUCUCAUCAUCCCCUUCUCCCUUGCCAACGAACUGCUCGGCUACUGGUACUUUAAAUCUCUGUGGUGUGAGAUCUACCUGGCGCUAGACGUGCUGUUUUGCACCUCCUCCAUCGUGCACCUGUGCGCCAUCUCAUUGGACCGCUACCUGUCCAUCUCCCGGGUCACUUACGGACGCCAGCGGACUCCCAGACGCAUAAAAGGCGCAAUUGUGGUGGUGUGGCUGAUCUCUUCCAUAAUUUCCUUCCCCCCUCUGCUCUCACUCAACAAGAGUGAUGUCGGUGAUGCAGCAAGUGAGAGAGGACCUCAGUGCCAGUUGAAUGACGAGCGCUGGUACAUCUUGUACUCCACUAUAGGCUCCUUCUUUGCCCCCUGCCUCAUCAUGAUCCUGGUAUAUGUGAGAAUAUACCAAAUAGCCAAGCAGAGAACACGCUGCCCACCUGGGGAACCCAGGAAGGAUGGAGUCGCCUGUGCAACUCCAGGUCAGCCCCCACGACACAUACAAGCCAACGGUAAGGAUGAUGAAGAGAGCACUCCCCCUUCAGCCAUCAAAACUUCAAAUGCCAGACCUCCCACUCUUGCUAUCACCUCUUCUCCAGCCCCAGGAGAUUCCCAGAGUCCCCAGAAUCCAACGAUUAACAAUCUCCUGCAGCCCCCUUCCCUGUCUCCAGCCGUGUUUCCCGUUACAACUCCUCCUGAUACCUCCCUUCAUCCCCGUUCAAUCUCCUCUUCCAACCCUGUGUCCCAGUCUGCACCCAAGACCAAGGAGGAGGUGAAGAAGGGCAAACGGCUGAGAAGGAAAAAGGCCGACAAUAACAAUGGUGACAGCUCAAGCACAGAGAGUGAUGCUGAGCACAGCCAGGGAGGUGGCAGAGGAAGUGCCAGCAUGUCGGGGUCACCUGGUGGAGAGGGCAUCCACUCCCCAGCCUCAGUCAAGCGCUACCGUGAUAUGAUUGCCACUUCAAAGGGUGCACGCCUGGUGCCUGGAAGGAAGUCAAAAACAGAGAACAAUCCGGGUGCUGCGAGGCGUAAAGCAAUGGUUAACAGAGAGAAACGUUUCACCUUCGUACUGGCAGUGGUCAUUGGUGUCUUUGUGGUGUGCUGGUUCCCCUUCUUCUUCUCCUACUCUCUACAGGCAGUGUGUCCAGAUACCUGCGUCAUUCCUGACCCACUCUUUAAGUUCUUCUUCUGGAUUGGUUACUGCAACUCUUGCCUCAAUCCAGUCAUAUACACAAUCUUCAACAAAGACUUCAGAAAGGCUUUUAAAAAGAUUCUGUGCAGAACCACCAAGGGUACUUUCUUUUAGCAUGUAAAUGUGCUACACAAGUUGUGGACACAGAUAAAGCUUCUUCAGAGGCAAAGCAGAACAAUCAUUUCCGCUACAAACCACGAACACUCAAAGGGCUGUUUUAAAGAAAAUGUGUGGAGGUUCUCAUGUGAAAUUUAAAACUGAAAGACAGUUUUUCAGCCACAGUGUGUAAACAGACAAACUGAACUGAUUGAUGCUGAUAGGUGCCAUUUUGCAGCUUUUUAUCUCCUGAUUAUAUUGACGUAAAGACACAGCGCUGCAAAAAUGCACACAAAGCACUAGAUCUUGCAGAUAAAGUCCUGAGAACUAAGUUUUCAUUGUGAAUAAAGACUUUUCUAAAUGUACAUAUAAUGUUUUGUAAGUACUGACUAUAGAAAGGCAAGUGACCUUACAUUCCUGUGCUCCCGGGGGCCUUUUAUUUAUCAGCACAGAGCACAAGGAGGACACAAGGUUAGCGGUGAUUUCUUACGUCUGCAGUCUUAAUUUGUCUUGCUGCAGGGCAAACAUGUGUUCCUUGAUUUUAAAGAGAAUCAACAAGAGAAGGCUUCAAACGAUCUCAGAUGUGAUAGCACAAACAAGGGCACCCUUUCAAACUCAACUCACAGACGUUUUAUGUGAAAAGCCACCUUUGCUCUUGGUUUUUGCUGGAGUCCCAAAAUGGCUCCUAACUUUUUUUUCCUGUGCCACAGAACUAAAACGAGAUCUGAUUGAUUAUGAACUCAUGUGUAGGUUAUGACCUCUUGACAUGUUUAACUGGACUGUCACGUUUAAAAGACUGGGCCACAAUCUCUUCUACCAAGCUGGACUUUUACUUAACAAUCAGAACUGCUUUGAUCCUCCUUCAGAGAUCACUGAUGUGAGAUGCAUCUGUUGAGGACUGAAAAAACUAGAAUGUUAUUUAAAUUGCAAGCAUUAUUUUCUGAACAAACUGCUAGUAUUUACCAGGUGGACACUUAGAGCGACUGUAACCGGUGGAUGAACAGUGCAAUUAUAGGUGCGGGAUGUUCCCCUUAAUUACAUCUACAGGGGUUAUGCUGAACAAUGUGUCUGAGUGGCUCUUCAGCAGCACCUGGGACACAGCGUCACCCACGGCGACACCUUGUUGGGUUGUUGCAGGGAGGUGAGUCAGGAUGGAUGGAUGGUUGCGAUAUUGACAGUGAUAAAAACAAGAGAGAAAGAUGUGUCUAACUGUGAAUGCCACAACAGGCUUAUUAUUAACUCUAUGGGACAAGGGCUGUCAGCAGUGACACACCAAUUUCCUAAUCCUGCUGACCUGUAUGAAUGUGAAUGUGUGUGUGUAUCUGCAUGUAGGAUGACUUUAUUGUUUGUUUUUUGAUCUUCUGUAGAAACAGUCAGUGCCUCCUCUGGCUGCUAUGCUACAGAUCUACUGUAAUAUUGAUCAGAGCAGAGACUAGAUUUGCAGGUACAGGCGACCUAUUACUGUCAGCGGAGAGAUCUCUUCAUUGAGACAGUCUUACCAAGCUGAAAGCCAGUGUUUAUCCUUAUGUGAUCCGAGUGCAUGGCUUUUCAGUGAGCACCCUGCAGGGACCAAAGAGCCUUAUGGAACUCCUGCCUGACUCAGUGAUAUCUAGCUCUGUGACGUAUUUAUCAAGUAUUCUUCUUUUUUGGUGUAUAUGAUAGGACGCACAGAUUGAAAAUGUAUUUGCUGUGCAAUUUGUUGUCUGUUACCUAUUUAUUUGUAAUUAGACUACAUUUAUGCAGAGAAUGAAGCAAACUGAUCAAAGAGUGACAACACUGUACAGAUUUUUAAGUUCUUCUAAGAGAGUGAAAGUCUCUUUUUACCAUCAAAGUUUAUGCUUGGUGAGAGUGCAGUUUAUUUUAACUCAGAAUAACAGGAACUCUGGAGUAUUUUGUGCAGAACCCAAAAUGCAAAAUUUGCCACUGUUUCAUCUGGUCGUGGUGGCGUGAAAUCUUUCAUGAGAGUUGCAAACACAUUCAGCAGGGUGCAAAAUUAAUCAAGUGUAAUAUUCUGCAGCAGAAAUUCCUCUCUUAAACAGGAUUUAUUCAAAUGGAUGCAGGCUGGAGCUUUGUGCGCUUGUUUAGCAGUUCCCUAGACUUGUUUAUAAAACACAGCUUCAGUUCCAUAAAACGACAAUAAUUAGCCAUAGAGGUCAUGUUCGAGUUUGUUUUCACUACACUUGAGUUGUAAAGAUGUUCAAAACUCACCAAGUAUAGUCUCCUGUGACAAGAGUGCUACUGUGUCUGUUUAAAAAAGUUGAAAUUCGUGGCUUAAAGGUCACAGAUGCAAAUGAUUGCCAUUCUUCUGAAGCUGCCUAUUUUGUCUCUCCCCAACUGUGUUUGGACCAAACUGCUCGGUCUAAGCUUUUCAAUCUACGAUCUCCCAUCUGUCAUGGCUUCCCCUACCACCACUCCAGUUCGGAAAUAAAGCAACUUUAAAAGCA